AUGCUGGUCAUCUCAGGAGUCAGCACCAACCUGGCACCAAGUGACUUUCAUCGCUUGGGCCCCAAGUCGCUCUCUGCGUGGAACGACGGCAUCAAGAUGGGUGCGCAACCGAUCCUCUCGUCUCCCCCCUUCCGUGAACAUCCGCUGACCAAGCCAACAGUGACGCAACUACGCUGUACAGCAACAUUCAAGCCCAGAGGCUGCUAUCUCGUCACCUUUGCGACUGCGGAGGCCGCAACGGCAUACUCCCUCAAGCUGCAGCGCCUGCAGGCUAUAGCGCGCUGGAAAUGUGAUGUCCCGAAUGGCCUCUGGGAGGCCACGCUCCCUGCCCAUCUUCACUCACCAGAGGGGGUGCCAGCCGCGCAGGAACUGUCCGCGCUGACCGUCGUCACGCCCUCGCAGCCUGACAUUAUGAUAAAGAGGAAAAGGACCACUGAUAAGCCAGCGGCGUGGCAGAGACUGUUACAGCAGCAACUUGAGACGGCUGGCCACGGCACGAAGCCCCCGACUGUGAUCUUGGAGACGAUACCAGGGCGGAUGCAGGAAGAAGCCCUCAGGGGAGAGAUUGAGGCGGAUGGUGCACAGAGAGGCGAGUCUUGGGACGUGGCGGACCCCAUCUGGCUGCCAAACGGUCCCAAAUCCUGGACCAAGACUGAGGAUCACUCCAUCUCGCGUUUCGCCAUAGUGUGUGAGACGGAAUGGGAAGCCAGACGAUUCCAGCGUUAUUGGAACGCGAGGACGCUGGCAUGUGCUAAUGAGGAGGGUCAGACGGCUACACAACGGCGCAUGUGCCGUGUCGCGGUGCUUAACUGGUAG